AAGACUGACAUUCUUUGCUUGUCUCAUUAGCUGCUAUAUGUGAUACGAAGAAUUCUGUAUUUAGAAGAAGAUAGUUAUAUAGUUUAUAUCAUUCUAAUCAAGAAUUCGAUAAGCUUACCUUUUCCUAUGUUUGAACUAAAAAAUUUACUUCUUACUGUGCAUGGAAUAAAGAAGAUUCUUUAUUAUUUUUGUUAAAAUAAACUCCAUCAUUGAAAUAAGGUAAUGCAUUGUGUUCUUUGGUAGCCGCAGUUUAGAGCAGAGCUCCAUGAAUAAAUAUCAACUCAUAUUGUUUGAUUAAGGACCUUAAUUUCAAUAGUUCUGUAACCAUUGAACUGGUUCGAAGAGCGAACUUGAAUUUGGGAAUUAUACCCCAGGAGUCGUGAAUUCACAGUGGCGUUCUCUUCACUGUUACCCUAUUCUAGAAAUUAAUUUAUAUAGAGAAUUAAUACAGCUGUCUAUAGCUGUUCAAAUCAAUUUAAAGAAUACUCCUUCCGGUGUGAUAGCCAAAUUACCUUAGUAUGGAAAAGCUUGGAUAGGCGAGAGUGGCUCUAUAGUGGCACGUUUAAUGCAGAUUGGCAUAAUCAGACAAUAAGAACUUUUAGAUAGUUCUGUGACAACAGUUUCUCAUUCUUGCAUGUUGUUUCAGAAAUUCAAUGUGACGUGAGAGCUAGCAGCUCAACGGCCUGUCUUACCCUUUUCAUGCUAUGGUAAUAGUUACACAUCCAGACCUUGUGACAAUGAAUUCAAAAGAGGAACAAAAUAUAUAUUUUUUUAAAAACGACAAGGCCUUUAACCUCAGAAUGAGGAAGAAUACCGGCCAAUAUGUUCAGACUAAGCCCACUCAUUAGAGAAUUGUUGCUGUUUGUUUAUCCAUGUAUCAUUCAUGUGUGAAAAACGGUCACCGAGUGUUUUGUCAUAAUGGUCAUCUAUAAAUUAAGAUUCUCAGAUGAGAACCUAUAAUCUGGGAACCCAAGUUGCAGUCAAGUAGGGUGUUGAACAUUGACUUCGCGCAAAUGGCUUGAUUGCAACUAAUUAAAACAUUUGGCCAAAGUGACGCUCAAUACAUGAGCGUUAGUCAGUUCGUUAAUCUAGUUAUACAACCCAGUCAGAGGUCAUACUAGUUAGGUGUAGUUUAUAGUGUAUGACUGACUAGGGAGCUGCGUAGGAUUAUACACUAGUCUUAGAUGGCAUGAGUUCAACUUCUCGUUGCCUCCAUGCGAAGGGUUAGGCUAAUCCAAUUGGAAUAUGGCACGGGGAACUAGUAAGUUUGUGGUUGGGCGAAAAAGCGCCUUGAUGAUACUUUUCCCCCUUCCAUUCAAUGGUAAAGUUAUGUAAAAGAUCAGAAUAUACAUCAGGAAAAAUGUAAAAAAAAAGAAGUAGUUGCAAAUUUUCUAUUUCCUAUUUUGUUUCAAAAGUUGUAUUUUUUUUAAAAAGAUUUUCUUAGUUAGUGCCUGUUACACUAUGCGUAUUUGGAAAGUUGGCUCACCAUAUUGAGAGUCAUAGAUUUGGCCGUGGGUAUUUAUCGAGUUGGAUUUCCUUCUUAGCACAAGUGUGGCAUCUGACAGGGACGAUAUUGAAUAAAGACAGUAAUGUCAUGAAGCUUGGUGUUUGUUGAAGAUAGAAGCACAUUGGGUGUUUUGGACAGGUAUGAGGUUGCUAGCAUUGAGCGCAAGAGUUUUAAGGAUUAAAGUUCAGAACCAAUUCAUUGAAGAGAAUAACUCCUUAAAGCCUAUAGCUGGACAAAUUCUCUAUCAUUUUGAUUCAUGGCUGCUAUUGUAAAUUGAUUGCCACUUUACUUGGUGACUUCCAACGCCAAGUAUAAAUUGACUAUACUUCUCUAGCAAGUUCACUGGAGCCGAUCUAUAUCAGGUCAGAGUUAAUUAAUGUGCUAUUAUGAGUUUAUUUCAUUCUUGGUGUUUCUAAAUUGUUAUGGUCUGACAAACAUUUACUUUGCCUAUUGAGUGCAUUAUAUAUUAUCUUAUGUUAUGCCAAGAAAAUCUUAGAUAUCUAUAGAUAAUAAACAUAUAAACCUGAGACUCAAACAAUAAUCCUCAAUUCUGAAAAAAGUGUAUUCAGGGGAUACGUUGAGAGCACAAGAAAGGGGUCAUUUCAGUGGUAUCAAAGCUAAAAUCCUGCCAACCUGUGGGAUGCUAAGGUUGAUUACAGAAAUGGAAGAAAGGGAUAAUUAAACUGCGGCUUCUAAAAUUUUUGGAUGGUAUAGCAAGUAUCAAAAGUUUAAGACUCUACUAACAUUCCAAGAAUAUCCAAGUCUGAUAAGAAACAUUAUACCAAUGAAAGAGGAGAUUAUCAGAGUUUUUGAUCAGUACUCUUGUGAACCUGAGGAUGUCAAAUCCACCAAAUCUUUUGAUAGGUACCACAUAAGAAAAAGGAAAGGGGAAAUGGAUUUUGGGUCAAAAUCUCAAUCAAAAUCAAAAGGUGGUCAAUUUGUGUCUAGUCAAGGGGGAGUGAUGCUUAUGGAGACAGAAAGGUUAAAAGGCUUGAAGAGCUUACAAAAGACAUAGGUUCUAAGUAUGAUGAAUCAGAGUAAUUUCUUAGAGACAAGUUGGAUGGAGAAAUAGAAAUGAAUGAGAAGAGUAAAGAGCUAGAAGAAGAUAUGUUCAAGGAAGAAGAAAACUCAAAAGUUACUAUUGAAGAAAGGAUGGAAAAGAAAGAGGAAUCGCUUGCUUGGGAUUCACAACCUACAAAUGAUCAGGGAAAAGACAAAAGUCAGUCAACAUGUCUAGAAGUUUGGACUCCUAGCCAAAUAUGUGGAAGCCCCAAUGAGGAUGAAGCCAUGUUCACAAGUUCACUUCAGCCUUAUGAGGAUAUGGACAAGAAAGAAUCAACCAAAUUUUCAGAUUCCAGCUACAUGCAAGAUAAUGGAAGGAAGGCAGAUGCAGACAAGGACGAAGCAGCAAGAUGAAGGCAACAUCAAGGCUAGUCCAACCGUUCCAGUCAUUCAGUCAAUGAUUGGUUCCAUUCUCAACAUGCUCUCUUUAUUUUUGUACUCAUGUAUACAUGUCUAUGUAUUUCCUUCCUACACCUGAUGCAUGUAGCUAGUCUCAUGGCUCUUUGUGUGGGACGCAUGCUUGAAUAUCAAUAAAAAUACUUCCCUUUUUUUA